GUGCGCUCAUAGAGUUAUUAUCGUUAUUAUUAGUAGGGUUAGUAUCGUUAGUAUGCGCUAUGCUUCUAAAGUAUAACCGCACUUACGAUUUGCCGAAUAACGAAAAACAAAUGAUCAGUCAGAAAAUCGAAAAUUAAUUUUAAAAGCGAAAGAAUAUAUAAUUUCGUAGUAUAAUUUACUUUCGCGUGGAACAAAUGUAUUUAUGUAUUAUGAAAGUAGUUAGUGAAAAUCGAAGGAAAUGGCAAGAAUAGAUGACUGCGUUUUAGAAAAUUCAAAUAUAAAAACAAGCGCUAACGAAUUGCUCGCUUUCCAAGGGGAAUUGAAAGAGGAAAAGGAACUUAUUAAAAAAAUGUUGGCAAAGAUCGAUGCUCGAAUACAUGAACUACAGGUAGAACAGCUUCAUUUACUGGGCUUAAUCAAUAAAUUAUUGAAAAAGGGAGAAUCCCCUCUUCAUGAAUCGACUAGCAAUAGUCAAGAAGCAUCUAUAAUUAAAACAUUGGACUUGUCUGUACCGUCUACGUAUGUGUUUCAAGAAGAAAUGGAAGAUGAAGACGAAGAUUAGAAAAAGGAAAUUUUUUAAUUUGAGAACACUUGACGAUUAUUCUGAUGAUUAUCGGUCUAUAAAUAAUGAAACUGUGUGAUCGAUUUAUUCUCUACUAACUUAUUUCUUUUUCUUAAAUGAUACUGUGUUCAUAUUAACUGUUAUUUUAUCGACAAUAAAGAUAGAAUAAACAGCAUUGAAUACAAA